ACUCGUAUAUUUUGUUUUUGUUCCUAUGGAAAUUUUCAAUAAUCUGACCGAGGCUUUAUUCAUUCUUUACUACUGUCAACUUGUAAGUACAUGAUGAAAAAUGAGUCUUCAAUAAAAUAGAUGAAACAAGAAUUUUAUGUGAAUUAUAUGAUGAAGUGAUUACCAACAACAAUGGUUGUGUUUUCGACUGAUGCAUUUGCAAUAAGAUCGGUUUUAAUUAUUGGAAUAAUACUGUAUACAAUAGAUAAUUCAAUGAAGUAUACAGAAUCAAAGGAACUGAGAUUUCUAGGAUUGUUGCCAAUGUCCGGUGGAUGGAGCGGCGGUAGACCGUGUCUUCAGGCAAUCAACAUGGCAGUCAAACAUGUCAAUGCGCGUGAAGAUAUUCUUCAAAAUUACGAGAUAGACUUUGAUUACAUAGACACAAAGUGUAACCCUGGUAUAGCUCUUUACCAGUUAUAUGGUAAAAUAUGCAGUCAAAAUCCGUAUAUACUGCUAAUCGGCGACGGUUGCUCCAUUGUUUCUGAAGCAACCGCACAGAUGACACAUCUCUGGAAUCUUACACAGUUAUCAUAUGGAUCAGUGUCACCUGUACUAGCUGAUCGCACACAGUUUCCAAACUUUUACCGCCUGACCGUUCCCGAUCAUAAACACAACCCAGUCAGGAUUGCACUGAUGAGACAAUUUAACUGGAAGAAAGUGGCAACUAUAAAUCAAGCAUUACAAUUUUUCUCCUCAAUUAUUGAUGACUUUGUUAAACGAAUUAUUGACACGGAUAUAACUAUUCUGUCGCAAGAAAUAUUUACAGCAGAUCCAACCGCACGUGUAAAAAAUUUAAAGGAUCGAGAUGCAAGAAUUAUUAUUGGAGCAAUGUAUGAGGACAAAGCUAGGGAUGUACUCUGUGCUGCGUACAAGAUUGGUUUGUAUGGACCAAAGAUUGUUUGGAUGUUUCCAAGUUUUUUUACAAGCACGUUUUGGAAACAGAAACUUGACAGGCAUGGUUGCACAGAAAGUCAAAUGAAACUUGUUGUUGAAGGAAUAUUUUUAACGGUAAAUGUGAACAGAAACCCGGUUGAUAUUCGUGGCAUCGCAAACAUCACAGUGAGCGAAUUUGAUAAUGCUUAUAUCAACAGUACAGAAUAUAGCAGGGAAACACAAAUGUAUGAUGUUAUAGCCCCGCUCUGUUAUGAUACCAUUUGGGUAGCUGCUUCGGCUUUACAUUGUGCGGACCAGAAUAUGAUCAAAAGUGGGAUGUCUAAAUCUCUAGAAAAUUUCACAUACGCUGAUGGAUAUAUAAAUGACAAGAUACUUGAUUGUAUGGAACAUACAGUAUAUACUGGUGUAAGUGGAGAUGUCGUUUUUAGAAUGGGAGAUCCAGACAGACUUAUAAGAAUUGAUCGCAUUCAAGACGGCAAACGAGCACAUGUUGGAUUAUAUAGACGUAAAGCUGAUCAAGAGUUGAUAGAUAUAUAUCCAGAUUAUUUAAAAUGGAAAGACGGCGAAGUUCCACGUGACUCUACUUUGGUAACGUACGAAGAAAUCCGAAUCCCGUCUGUUCUUUACUAUUCUAUGACUGCGUUGGCUGUGUGUGGUAAUUGUCUGACUUUGGGUUUCUUUGUGUUCAAUAUCAUCCACAAAAAGAAUAGUUAUGUUAAACUCUCGUCACCGAAUAUCAACAAUGUUCUUUUAUUCGGAUGUUUGCUGUGCUACAGUACCGUUUUCUUUAGAACUAUUGAAGUAACGAAUGACGUCAUAUGUAAGAUUCGAAUAUUUUUCUUCGGCAUGGGUUUCACGACAUCAUUUGGUGCAAUGUUUUCAAAGACAUGGAGAGUAUACAGAAUAUUUACAAAUAAAAAACUUUUAAGAUUUACAAUCAAAGACAGUCAACUUUACGCUAUUGUCGUUGCUAUGGUGAUGACAGUAGUUGUUGUUAUAGCUGUUUGUGAAGCUGUAGGACCAUAUACAAUAGAAACAAAAUACUUGGAGAAAGAGAUAUAUUUGAACGGUAACGAUGCCGAAGUUCGUCCGUACGUACGCACUUGUAAAUCGGAUUACUCCAUGUACUUUGGAUGGACACUAUACAUAAUCGAGGGAGUUUUGUUGACGUUCGGAGCGUUUUUAGCAUGGGAGACCAGACAUGUAAAAAUACAAGCACUCAAUGAUUCCCACCAAAUAGGACUUUGUGUGUACAAUGUUGUUGUUCUAAGUGCUGUCGGUGUAAUGUUGUCAUUGGUGUUAGAAGACAAAGAAGUUGUAUUGUAUGGUGUUACAUCAGGGUGCCUCAUCCUCGGAACAACUCUUACACAGCUUGUUAUCUUUAUACCAAAGAUUCAAGCUGUGAGAAACAAGAUAUCUAGCAGUGACCAGGUUACAACAGGACUGAACAACAUGACAAUAGGAACUGUUAGAACUGAAUCUAAAGCAGUGUGUUCUACAUCACUGGAAAAAUGACAAUAUCUUCAUCAUUUACAUAUUGUGAAUUGUUUCAUUAUGUGCAAACAUUACAGUUUUAAAAUUAGUUUACGUGAAU